GGUCUAAAAUGGGGCAUAGGUGCCAGGGUUGUUAAUGCUCUUUAAACAGAAAUGUGACAGAUGAUGGCCUAAUUUUCUCAGGAUUCCAUUUUCAUUUACAUUACGGAAGUGGUAUUACCUCCUUUGCCCCUCAAAGUCUAGUUAACCCGUCUGGACUAUCCUUUGUCUGCUCAUACGUGACGGUGAGACGACUGCCAUCUGGCGCUAUUCUGCAUAUUAUUUUCCUCAUUUAGAGUAGACUAAGCCCUUUCUCCCAUUUUUCAUUUAUCCUGGUCAACUCUGCACGUAUUUAUUCAUAUGCUGGACUCGAUUGAAGUCCGGUGGCAUUAUCGGACAAUGCUACGAAGAUCGAUUCUAUUCAACGGAACCGUUGAUGAAAACGUGGAUUCGGGAGCUGAGACUGCCGAAUCUGAUUGCAGUAAGAUGACAUCAAGCAGUGAGCUACUGGCCAGUCGGGUCCAGGAGCCCCUGAUGAUGAGCAUGCACCUGCUGGCCAACCCUGGGGACUCUCUCCUGCUGCAGCACACCCUGGACCGCAUCCUCCGCUGGGUGUGCCCCAGCCUGCGCCUCUUCCAUGUCUCUGAACGGGCCUGCCCCCUCCGCGACUAUACCCGCUCCCGCUUGUGCCCCGUGGCCGGGUACCCCUCCCUGGCUGUGACUGUCUUCCUCCAUGAGGCCUAUGGCGAGGAGCGCAUCCUUCGGGUGCUGGACUUCCUGCAGCGCCCACCCUGGCAGUACCACCACACGGAGAGCUGCGGUGGGAGGACCGGGGGCGUCCACAUUACCUCCUCCACCUCCCCGGCCAAUGCCCUGCUCCGGCCCUACCUCCUGCCCAGCCGAGACUUCUACAGCCUGGGCACGGGGAUGCCUGUGUGGGGGGUGCGCCCGGUGCACUGCGGCGGGGAGAUGCUGCGGGUGACGCUCUACAGCAGCUACGAUAACUUUGACGACGCGGUGCGGCUUUAUGAGACAGUGCUGCAGAGGCAGGUGGAGGAGCAGAAGACUGGGUUCUGUUGGUUUACGCUCUACACGGAACCGGGGCUGUGUCUGCAGCUGGCUCUCAAACAGCUCUCCCCAGGGGUCAGGGUGGAGGCCUGCAACUCAGCUGUGCUGCAGUUCAGGGUAGAGGAGAUGGGUCAGCUCGUGCCCCUGCUGCCCAAUCCGUGCACGCCCAUCAGCGCCACACGCUGGCAGACCGAAGACCUGGACGGGAACAAGAUACUUUUCCAGGUGAAAGCCCCAGAGCAGCCUCAGCGACCCCUGACCUGUGCCUUCCCUCUGACCUGCCCCAGCGUCUCGCCCAGGGGGCUAUUGAGGAGCGUCGUGUCCACCCCGCCAGCAGCCCACGCCCUGCAGCCCUGUGGCCAGAUGACCCCAGUGACCCGUCCAGGGAACAGGCCGCGCACCGACCCAAGCCUGGAUAGGCCUGUUUUACCCGGGGGUCUACGGUGUGGGGGAGGGGUGGAGAGCAUGGGCUCAGACAGCUGCUAUAGCACCCCUCCAGGCAGCUCCUGCUACUCAUCUCAGCGUAGCAGCCCCGCCACGCUAUCUGUUAACCACCCCCACGAAUCCUCCCCUCUCUCAUGCUCCGCCUCCCCGGCGCGGCCCUCCCUGUCCAUCUCCCAUCUACUGCUGGAGGAGGAGGAAGAGCCGGAGACCAACGUGGACACGGGUGUCCCUGUGACAACGACCCCGCGCUCGGACACAGACUUCACCAUGGCGACCAGCUCGAGGGACACAGGCGUCUCGGUGACGCCGCGUUCCGAGAGACCAGCCGCUGUGGGAGCCUCUUCCCUGGAGAGUCUGGCAAGGGAGCUGAGUGCCUGUCUACCGGAAGCUCACACACCUCCACCCCACCACAGGACUUGGGUUGUGAGCAGCUCUACCAAAGCUGCCAGUCCCGGAUGCAUGGCAGGGUCACAAGCCUGGGAUAGCGGUGUUAUCAGCUGGGCAUCGCUGGGUGAGAGCUACUCCAGAGGGCCUGUGGGGCCACAGACUCCUGCUAAGCCAGCAGCAAAGGCUCUGUCACUCACACACAAUAUAGACCCAAUAGAUGAGUUCUUCAUCUGACUCCUUUCUGCAGUGUAAGAAGGCAGGCAGUUGUAGGACAUUUUGUCACUAUCUAACAUAAUAUAACUUGAUGUUGCCUCCAGAGAGAUACUGGGAAGCUCAUUGAAACCAUGGAGACACAAAGGACCUAACUUCCUGGUGCUCAGACCGUCAUGCCAGUCUAGGUUUGCGUCCAAAAUGUCACCCUAUCCCCUAUGUAGGGCUGGUGGGCUCUAGUCAAAAGUAGUGCGCAGUAGGGAAUAGGGUGCCCUUUUGGACGCAAACUAGCUAGGCUAGGACGUUGUAAAGCCUAUAGUAAAUGAAACGAUGUUACGCCCAGGGAUUUCAGAUGCACAAUUAUUGUAUAACUAACUAGGCUACUAUGCAUUUUAUUACCAGUGGAAGUAGAAAUGGAUACAAAUAUGUGCCGUGAGUGGGUAGAUACAUGUGGUUGUCUGUGCACUGUGAAAGCUGAUCUGUGUGGCAUCGGAAUGGUAGCGUAUCUGAGUGAACUAAAUCCUUACCCCAAGAAUGCACUGUCUAUUAGGUCUGACUCCUGGGUCAGAGGUUAGUAAUUGUACAGUAUCAUUAUCCUAUUUUUCUAGAAUUAACACAUUGUAUUUCAACAAUACUAAACCAUUGGUUGUAUUGAGUAGACCUUGCCAAACCACUGUGUUGAAAGGACACAUUUUGAUAAGACAUUAAAUGCUGAUAAUUCA